AUGCGGUGGGAGUCGAAGCCUGCGAAGGAUGCUCAGGACUUGCCUCUUCCGAUUGACCAGUUCGCCGUUGGCCAGAUCAGAGAUGGAGAAAUUUUCUACAUCCACGUCUACCCUCUCAGCCCGCUUAGCGUCGCCCUCAUCGUGGUUGCGAUCCUCGUCAUCGUCAUCUUCAUCAGUUUUUAUCUUUUCCCAGUCGUCUCCAACAGGCUUUUUGGUUGGAGUGGGUAUCCCUCAGGACAUCAAACCAUAAGCUGGUCAACUCGGUUUCGCAAUCGACGUGUUAAGAUAAUCCCAAGUAAUUCUCAAACAACUACCGCCCCGUCUGCUCAGCCUCAGUCCGGAAUGGGAAUAUCCCCUAGCCUUGCUCACCUCGACGCACUAUCUUCAUCCACAGAACCACCCACACUUUCUAUAUCUAUAAUGGCUCCUGGAAACCUUCUUCGACCUCCUUCGAGGGAUGCUGGCGGCGACUUCUGUCGAAUAUCUGCAUCUUCUCUUAUUGUCAUUCCUGCCAGUUCUGAAGGGCGCGGAACGAGAUCUCGUAGUUCCCCUCGCAAGCAAGCGGCUUCCAAUGGCGAUGUUGAGGCUCAGCACAUCUCGAUCUUCUCUAGCUAG